AUGCAAUCCAGCCCUCGUAGACUAACCAUUACGUCCAAACCAUGCUGUUCUGGAACUUAUUUUCUCGAAGGUUACUUUUCUGACAGCACAUUCAUUCGAUAUUCGAUUAAAUGGUCUGACAGGGAAGUAAUUUCCGAGAAACUAAGUUCCCCAGCUCUAGUCAUACGAGCGGGACUUCGGCUCAAAAGGAAGAGUCGGCUAUGUAAUUCCUUAGAGCAGUUGAAACUUCUUGUAGGGGAUGGUCGCAGAGAAUCGUUUAUGGAUCUGUAUGUAACUUCCCUGGGUGGUCAAGAAGUUUCCGGGAAUCGAAUCAUCCUGAAGAAUAAUUCUUUACCAACUGGAAGUCUCUGUGGCUAUGCGGAGGAUUACUGA